UCACCUGUUGCAGCAGGGUUGUUAAAACCAGCUCAGCCAGCCAGGCAGCCUCUGCAGUUUGCACUGAACAAACGUCUCCUUAAAUACCAGAAACCAGCGUGACUGUAGAACAGAAGAGGAAAGAGUGUUAGUCUGAGUGGCUUACAAAGUGUGUGCUCUGUAAAUGGAGAAGUCGGACACUUUAAAAUCUCUGAGUCCUGCAGAGUUGAGGCUGUUGAUCAGACAGGAGGAUCCCAGAAUCAAAACCACGUCUGGAUUAGCAGAAGGAUACCAGCAGGCUAAUGUCGUUAUCUUGCCCAAACAUCUCGCUGAUGACUUUGAAGAUUUCUGUCACAAAAAUCGCCCCCUGCCGCUUCUUUACCGCAGCCAACCAGGAGAGACUUCCUGUCCGCCUCUUGCUAAACAUGCAGACAUAAGGACGGAUAUCUCUCAGUACUAUGUGUAUGAAGAAGGCCGGAUGGUGAAAACUGUCCCAAAUCUGCAGAGCUGCAACGUUCAGUUGAGGAUAGGAUCGGAGCAGCAGGCUGUGGAUCCUGGCUUCUGGUCCGACAUGGUGUGUUUCUAUCAGGGCUGCAGUUUUGGUUUCGAAGGCCGACUGAAGCAGGCUGGAGUCCCCGUUAGAAACGUGGAGCAGGGUAAAAACGUCAGCAUGUACAGGACUGCUGUUCCCUGUAUUCCUGCAGGAGCGUUCAGCUGCCCUCUAGUGGUCACGAUGCGUCCUGUUCCUGCUGCCAUGUUGGAUACAGUAGUGGAGGUUACACACCUUAACCCACUGGCACAUGGAGCUCCUGUGCACAUAGGAGACCCAGCUCUUCUGGGCGUGCAGGAUCUGUCCUCACCAGACUACGGGGAUGCAGUUGAGCUGCAGCCCGGAGACGUCCCAGUAUUCUGGGCCUGUGGCGUUACGGCUAUAGAAGCAAUACUCAGCAGCAAGCCUCCUCUGGCGUUCAGUCACUCUCCAGGCUGUAUGUUCCUGACGGAUGUCCCAGACUCCUCCACUUCUACUCUCAAACCUCCAGCCCGUGAGGGUGUAGACCCUGCAGCUUCAGCUCCAGACCCUGAGCUGAUCCCACUCAGCUUUUUAGUGUCCCAUAAUCCCUUGAUGUACAGUUUGGCGUCAAAGAGUGCUGUGGCAAAAAUCAGACAGCUGGAGACGAUUAUCGGAGAGGAUCCAGGUCAGCGAGGGAUCAAAGCUUUAUUUGUCCAGGAUGAACUUCUGCGCUCCUGUCUGGCUCUUUCACACGCUUCAUCUGUUGCCAUAACAACUGGCUUCCCCACACACUUCAUGCACAGCCCAGCUGACGAGACUGAUGGCCCUCCAGGAGCCAUUGCCAUGGCAACAAUGCUGUUGUCCCUCGGCAAACAGGUGACAUUGGUGAUGGACAAGCGAGAGCAGGACAUGAACCGGGCGAUCAUUGAUGAAGCUGUGAGAAAAGGUGUGCUGAAAAGUGAAGUCCCAUUGGUGACCUUUGAAGACAGUGGUCCUGACUCUGCACUGCACUUCCUGUGUCACAAUGGAGACCCCCACACGCCCAGGUACGACCACCUGAUAGCGAUAGAGCGCAGUGGACGAGCUGCAGACGGAAACUACUACAACAUGAGAGGAAUAAACAUCAAGCAUCUGGUGGAUCCCAUCGAUAACUUGUUUAUUGCUGCCGAGGAAAUACCAGGCAUUACCACCUCAGGAAUCGGGGACGGAGGAAACGAGUUGGGGAUGGGUAAACUGAAGGAGAAGGUGGCCAACUUGAUGCCCAGUGGGAGUCUCAUAGCGUGUGAUGUUCCCGCUGACUACGCCAUCACCGCUGGAGUGUCUAACUGGGGAGGAUAUGCUGUGGCCUGUGGGCUCUACCUGCUCCAUACCUGCCCCUCCCAUCAGAGGUACCUGAAGAAAGGACUGGGACUCACGACCCCUGAAGACCAGCUCCAGGACUGGACUGCUAACCUGCCGUCUGUGGACAAGGAGGAGUCGAUUCUUUCCACUCUGAUGAGUUUUGGGAUAAGAAGCGGGAAAACUGGAAACCUGGCCAUGGAGGUGGACGGUCUGACCUUUCAUCCCACUCACUCUGACAUCAUCACCAGACUGCUGGAGGUCACACGAGGCUCCAAACCUGCAAACACCUGAACAGCCUGUCAUCAUGUCUAAUCUGCAGCAGUAACAGACAUAACCAUGAUACUUACCCGUUUGUUUAGUGAGCUCAAGCUCAGAGAGUAUAUUCACACAAUUAGUGUGCUGCUGUGUGAAACAUUUACAUCUUCUCUUUUUUCUUUCUUCACUUCUUUUGGGCUUCUGAAUAGAGCAGAAAAAACAGAAUGUUUUACUUUAGACACUUUAGGCCUUGGUAACCUUUCAGCCUACUUCCUUGACGACUGAGGACCAAUCAGUCGACUCACAUAUAUUACCACCUCCUUAACCAACAUUAAUUAAACCAGGGCUCAAAGCAUGGAUACUGAAAACAUAUAAGGACACCUCACAGCUUUCAAGUUGAACCCUGAGCUGAUCGAUUCAAAGCUUUGUUUCAAAUGUAAGUGCCAAGAUAGUGAUUUAAUAUAAAGAAUAGUUUUGUUUCUAGUUGGAAAUCUGUCUGCUAAAUGUCACUUUCUUUCUGAAUUGUGUGUUUUUUCUGCACUUUAAUAGCAUCGAUGCUAAGCUCUGAUAAUUGUUGCCUUGAUUAGUGUGAAGGUUGAUACAUUAAAAUAAUCAUACCUGUGUCUUAAGGUCAACAAGCUGUUAUCAAAGAGAAAAUAAAGAACAUGCACUAUA